AUGAGUGAUUCUACGAAAGAAAGCGUGAUGGCGCAUAUUAAUAUAUUUCCUGCUGUAGAAUCCCACUAUGUCAGGAAAGAUAUAAAGCGACUCUAUUUAUCAGAGCACCUAAACAUUUCUAAAAUGUACCGAUUGUAUGAACUCUGGUUCCCCAAUCAACAUUAUUCUGCAGAACACAAGGCUACAAAGCGGCAUUAUGAAUAUAUUUUUAACACGGAGUUUAAUUACUCGUUCUUCAAACCAAAGAAAGAUUUAUGCGGAACCUGCUCCCAAUUUUAUCAAGCUAAUGAAAUAACCAAAGUUAGUCUAGAGGCUAAGUAUAGGGAACAUUUGAUGAGAAAGAAUAAAGUGCGCCAGUUAAAAGAACAAGAAAAAGCUGCAGUGGAUGAAAGAACCACAACUAUCGCCAUUUUUGAUCUAGAAAAGGUCCUCAGUAUCCCUCAGUCUGAAGUGGGGAUUUUUCACUAUAAAAGAAAAUACCCCGUUUAUAAUUUUACUGUCUACGACUCACUGCGAAAAUUUGGUAAUUGCUAUGUCUGGCAUCUGUCUAUUGCCAAAAGAGGAUCGAUUGAAAUCGGCAGUUGCUUACUGAAGUUCAUCGAGCAAGAAGGUCUCAAAGGUAUCAAAAAUGUAUCUUUUUAUUCCGAUGGCUGCGCUGGUCAGAACAAAAACAGGUACAUUUUUGCAUUAUACCUUUAUGCCAUAAGAGCUUAUGACUUAGAAAAUAUAACCCAUCGAUUUUUUGAGACUGGCCACGGCCAGAACGAAGGUGAUAGCAUGCAUUCAUGCAUAGAAAGGGCAAUGAAAAAUAAAGUUUUAUAUACUCCUGACCAAGUUUACAGCAUCAUCAUGAAUGCAAAAGUAACUGGAAAUAAAUAUAAAGUCCAUGAGAUGAAGCAGCGUGACUUUUACAACAUAAAAAACCUUAUUUCUGGGAAACACUGGCUAAGAGACACUCACGGAAACAAAAUAAAAUGGGCAAAAAUAAUGGAAGUGAAGGUAUCACGUUUUAAACCUACUAUUCUCCAGUUCAAGUAUAACUUCGAAGAAGAGUAUCUGGAACUAGACACGGAGUUACAAAUAACUAGACCCAGGCGAGGGCGAAAAGCGACAGCCUCAAUUGCAGCAGAAGCUGAAUCAAUCAAUUUGCAUUUGAGACAAGCUUAUGAUCAGCAAAUACCUAUAAGUAAAGCGCUACAUGCAGAUUUAUUAAGUUUGUGUACUAGUGAUGACAUUUUUUUAUAA